AUGGAUCAAGUCUACCGAUACGAACUCACCAAAGCCGUCAAGCGCCUUCAGCAGGUUAUGGACAGCAUCGACAAGUCUCUCCUCGAGGAUGCACAAUUCGACGGCGAUCAAGAAUCGGUGAGUAAUCAAAUCAGAGGUCGUUCUAAGGCCAUAACCAUAGCUCAUGCUACCUUGUCCCGCGAAAUUGAUCUGGCCCUCCAAACGUGGAGGUCAGCAAUCGAGUACCCCGUCUCUAAGGAGAGAGGAAGAGCGCCAUGCUCUCGUAUGCGACUACCAGACUACUGGUCUACCAGUGGAGGAGAAGCAGCCGAGGGCAGGGCCAGAGACCUCAUCACCAAGCUUGACGUCGUAAUGCGCUUGUUGCAACAGGACGAUGUUAAUUCAUUGUCUACUACGGUUCCCUCAGGAGAAAGGAAAACAACUAAACAUACUACGUCAAACCUCAGACGAUCCAUUUCUCUCAAACCUAUAGUCGAAUUUCUCAAAAGUGCACUCAGGGACGACGCACUGUCAGUGGUCACAGGGUACGAGAUCACGGAAGCCAACUAUGAAAUGGCAAUUAAUACAGUGCGUGAAGCCUACUUUCCGCCCUGA